AUGUCUCGAGCUACAAAAAGAAUAAAGCUUGAACCUAGUGCACAUUCAAAUGGAAGUCAAAAAGAGGAAAAACAUCCUCUUUAUUCAGGUCAAUUUAUGACAUCAAGUAUUGAUAAUGAUGCCGAGCCAAUUGAUGUUCCAUGUCCGUCACCCAUCCCAAAUGCAACUGCACAAGGUUUACCUUUUCUUAAUGAUACGACACAAGGUGUACCAGAACGACGAACAGAAGCUAACGGUCAAUUCACUAGUUUAUAUUCUCUUCUAUGUGUUAUCAAUUCAGUAUAUCGAUCUAAUUUAACAUCACCGAAAUGGAAAAAUUUUCGUGGAUCACGUAUUAAAUGUCAAGAUAAAAUUCGUUUAAAUAAUAUUAUAUGGCGAACAUGGCAUCAACAAUAUGUUCGAAAUGUGAAAAAAGUUGUUUGUCAAUUUGUUUCACCAUUAGAUACACAAAUAUUACCGACACAAUUAACACAACAGUCAAAACAACAAAUAAUAAAUAGUUUGAAAGGUGAAUAUAUUAAAUGGAGACAAAAUUCAAAAAUAGCAUUACGAAAAUUUGAAAAUGAUUUAUCAAAUGAUGAAACGAAAAGUCUUUUGGGAAAAAUUACAGAAAGUUAUACACCAAAAAUAAAUCCAAGUCGUCGUAUAGCAACACCACCACCUGAAUCAUAUAAUUUCUUCGACGAAUUUGAUUUAAUUGAAGAUCAAUUACUUUUUUCAACAACAAAUGUAUUUAAUGAUAAAGAUGCUGGUCUUGGUGGAAAUCCAGAUUUAUAUCAACCUGUCAUGGGUCAAUGUCUUUUUGAUUUUAAUUCAUUGCUUGAUGGUUUAGAUCAAACAAUGACAAAUGAUUUGUGUAAUAUGCGAUAUAAUACUUAUACUACACCAUCAUUAAAUACUUAUCAACCACAAACAGAUUUCACAUCAAAUCUACCACCACAAUCACAACAAAAUUUAAAUCAUUUUCCACGAUUAGUUACUCCUCCUACUGAUCCUUCAACUUUAACGAUUGAACAUCAAAAAAGUAUUUUAAAUCGAAAUACUUCUACUAUGAAUAUUAAUGAAUUAACACCAAUCAGCAUGUAUAAUAAUAAUCAUUAUGAACCAUUAACACCACAAACACUUCCAUUUGAUACAUAUUCAUCACAAAAUUUAUCGAAAACAAUAAAUAAUAAUAAUAAUAAAAACAUGAAACAAAUAAUACCAUCAUCAACAAAUGUUAUUAUGAAUACACAACCAACAACUUUAAGUUAUCCAUCUAAUUCAAUAAAUAAACCAACAUCAUCAUCACCAUCAUCAUCAACGCUUGUUAAUCUUCUUCAUCAAAAACGUCCAUCAACAUUAUUAGAUCAACCUGUAUUAAAUAAAUCCUCAUCAAAAGAAAAACAAACUGUAUCAGUCAAACAAACAAGAAAACAACCACAGAAAAAAACACAAACUAAACAAUUUCUAUCCGUAAAUAAUGAUAUUCAACAUAUGCCAAAUCCAACACAAACAAUGUUAAACUUUCCUUUAACUCGUAAAGCUAGAAUGCAACAACGUCCUUUGUGUCGGGCAGCUUCUGAAGAUAUACCUAUGACGAUGCCACAACAAUUUUCUAGUUCAUCAUCUUCUAAUCAACAAAGAGCAUCAACAUCAUCAGAUAUAUCUUUCUUAAAUAAUGAUAUGAUAGUCAAUACUUCUCCAUCAUCAAGUUCAAGUUGUGGACAAAAUGCUGAAAGCAAACGUCGUCGAAAUAUAAAAAAUGGUUUUGAAAGUCUUCGUUUAUUAAUCCCAGAACUUAGUGAUCCAUCAAAUGCAAAAAUAAGUAAAGCACAAAUGCUUGAAUGUACUGCAAAUCAUAUUCAACGUAUUGCUGACAUACGUAAUAAAAUGAAAGAAGAAGUUGACUUAUUACAACAUGAAAAUGAACAAUUACAACAAAAAAUUUCACAAUAUCAAACAAGUUUACCUGUUGAUGGUAUUCCAAUAAUACCAGCAACACGUCGAUCACGUGAAGCAUCCUAUGCACUUUUUCAUGCAUAUGUUGCUGAUCGUACAAAAAAAAAUUGGCGUUUUUAUCCCUAUUCACUUAUACUUAAACGUAUAUUUGAUACAUUUCAAAAUACAGUUACAUGUGAUUCAACGGAAGAAUUUUUACGUUCAUUAAAUGAAUGGAAAACAAAUUCACUCAACCUUGUACAAUUACGUCAAGCAGCUUCACAAGCUGUUAUUGAUAUGGGACGGAUAACAUCGUUAAUUACAGCACCUGAAUGUGUACCAGAUGAAUGUGUUCGAUUAGCGACUAAUGAUAAUCAAUGA